GCCGGGGGCGGGCCGCGCCGAGGCCGCCAUGGCGCUGCGCGGGGCUCUGGCGCUCCGUGUCGCCUACGCGUCCUUCGGCGCCCUGAGCGGCCUCUCGGCCUUCUGCGCCUGGAGCGCCGUGCCCGCGCUGCGCCAGCCCGGCACGGCCGCGGCCGGGGGGCUCUCGGGUGUGCUGGCGCUCUGGGCCCUAAUCACGCAUGUGAUGUACCUGCAGGAUUACUGGAGGACCUGGUUAAAAGGGCUGAGGUUCUUCCUCUGCGUCGGGAUCCUCUUCUCCGCCCUCUCCGGGCUGGGCUUCUGCGCCUUCCUGGCCCUGGCCAUCACCCAGCACCAGUCCCUGACUGACCCCAAGAGCUACUACCUGUCGUGCGUGUGGAGCUUCAUGGCUCUCAAGUGGGCGCUGCUGCUGAGCCUCUACUCGCACCGGUACCGUGCCGAGUUCGCCGACAUCAGCAUCCUCAGCGACUUCUGAGCUCCUGGGAGAGGCGCGGAGCAGGGAGGAGAGGCAGACACGGAGCGGGAGCCCCGGUCCCGGCGCUGCGGGGGUGUCCGUCCGUCUGUCUGUCUUGUCUGUCUGUCCGCACAGGGGCUUUUUCCUGCUGGCUUUUCCUCACCCAUCGCUGCUCGUUCCGGGGGGGGAGGGAAGGGAAGGACUUGGUGCCCGGAGCUCGGAGCUCUCCGUGCCACCCCAGGGCAGCUCCCAGGGGUGGCAGUCCCCGCCUGUGUCACCGCCCUGCUCCUUUGUCACCUCUGUGCUCCUGCCGGGAGCUCCCAGCCGGGCCCUGCCUCUCCGUGGUUUUGGGGUUUGGGCUCCCCCGAGGUCUGGGGGAGGAGCGCAGCUCAUCCCAAAGCUCGCAGGGCUGGGAAUGCUGCUCCCGGCUGCUCUCCGGGGUCGUUUGAAAAAGGAAUGGGAUCCCAUGUUUAACCAUAAAUGCCGUAUUUAACGCUUGAAGUUGCAGCAGCGGGUGUGUGGGGAGAGGGGUGGUUGGGGGAAAGGGGUGCAGGGCCAAGGCCUGGCCUGCCCGAGCCUCAGGGAGAGGGUUCCUGGGGAAAAAUAGGGAAAAGUUUUUGUGGAAGCAGGAGGAGAGGGGAGGGGACAGGGGCUCCUCAGGUGACCCCAUGGAUCGAGGAGCACCUUUGGGCUGAGGCUGUGACCUGCUGGAGUCCCUAAACCCAGCCCCUGGGCCGUGUUCUAGCCCUGGAGUUUCCACUCCACAUCCCGGCUUUUUAAAGGAUCCUGUGUGUAAAUAUUCCCUCUAUUUUUACAUGGAUUCCUCCUGGUUCGCUCCUCGGGGGUGCCGGGGUCGGUGCCACCCUCGCUGUCACCCUGUGCCACCACAAAUACAGCGCUCCCUCACCA